AUGGAGUCCUUUAUCGACACAGAGGAUCAACGGAUGCACCUCGACGAAGAAUGGAGAGAACCAAUGGAUCUCGAUACAGACGAACAUUUAACACCUUCGACGAUGAAGCGUGUUAACUACGAUGCUUUGAACUUGAAGGAAACAAUAUUCUACUCGUCGAACUUUUUCAAAGACGCAAAAAAGAUACAUGCAUUGAACGAUCAAUGGAUGCGCGUUGACGAAGAAUGGGGAGGACCAGUGGAUUUUGAAACUGAUGAAGAGUUAACACCUUCGAUGAUUAAGCAUGUUAACUUCCAUACCUUAAACUUAAAAAAGGCAAUAUUCAGUUCGUCGAACAUUUUCGAAGAUGCAGAGAAGAUGCUUCCUAUGAACAAUCAAUGGAGGUGUCUCAAGGAAGAAUGGGGAGAACCAAUGGAUCUCGAUACAGAUGAGGACAUAACACCUUCAACGAGGAAACGUUACGUCGCCGGAGAAGUGCUGUCUGCUGGAAUAGUUGAAAAUAUAUGCGAAGAGACUGAGGAAAUCUUCAAGACUGCAGAUAUACUCAGUUUUAAUACAAGCACGAUUAGUAAAAUGAAAACGAACACGAAACCGACCACAAAGCAAAAUGCCGUCGCUGAAAUUGUUGAAUGCAGUAUACUCGUAUCAUUUGAUGAUACAAUAAUUUCUGAUGAAGAUGAAUAAAGAAGAACAACGGGGUCGAUCGAUACGUUAAAGGACGA